GUGCAUGUAUGUGUACACAGAGUGUGUACAUUGCCUACAGAGGUCAGAAGAGGCUCUCUGAUUCUUGAAUCUGGAGUUACAGAUGGUAGUGAGCAGUUAGGUCAGUGCAGUGAACAAACCUAGGUUCUGUGGUUCUGUAAAACUGAUCUCAAUAGGAUGUUUUCUUAACUAAGUAUUCAUUCCCCCAGACCCCCAGCUCUCUGCUCUGACAUUCUUUACUGUGCUUGCUGUGAGAGUAUACCCUGAACCUGAGAGGGCACGUCAUGUUGAUGAUCAUUUAAGGAGGGGCACUGAAUCCUCAAUAAUUCUCCACACUCUGAGCAGCACUGAAUCUCUGUACUGCUGAUGACCACUGCAGAGAUAAGCUACUGGGGCCAUGGUUGAGGAAGCCUCAACUAAAAUAUAUAAGUAUCAUGGGAAAUUUGUGUUUAACAUAAUAUUUUAAAUUUACUUAUGGAUUUUGUAUGUAGCAGUGUUUUGCCUGAAUGGUUGUCUUAGUACCUCAUAUCAGAGUUACAAAUGGUUGUGAGCCACCAUAUGAAUGCUGGGAAUUGUACUGGAGUCCUCUGGAAGAGCAGGCACUGAUUUUUGCUGCUAAGACAUCUCUGGGCACUCCCUCUGGGCCUUUAUUAGGAUUCUGCAGAUAUCAUCACUCACUGUCCAAGAGUGAGAAGCAUGGCUUCUCUUCCUGUAGUCUGUCAUGUCCAACAGGGAAGGAGAAGCCUUACUGCAAGAUGGAGUUGCCCUGCCUGGGAUUCUGAGGACUAGUCUACGGAUGGGAACCAGGAUAGCUACUUUUGAGAAUAAAUGAAGUCAUUCAAUAUUGCAGAAAGGAACAAAACAGAACAUAUAAGACCUCACUACUUGAAUUUCAAAGAAAUAUUUAGUAAGGUUCAAUACCAGACUUGCUAGGCAGAAAAACAAAUCAGUAAAGUUAAAGACCAGUGAAACCCUGAAGCCCAAGGAGCAUAAAAAGGAACUGAAGAAAACACACAGAACCCAACAUUGACUUUGUGGAACAUUGUCAUAAAGACUAACACUGUUUCUGUCCCCAGAAUCUGAAGUCAGAAAGAGUUGAGAAGUUAUCAGAAGGAGAGAUGGCUGGAAACACCCCACAGCUGGUGAAAGAUGUGGAUCCACAGACAUUCACAGAGCCCUCUGCUCCACUCAAGUGUCCAGGGAAUAUUCUUCAGGGAGGACGGCAUGCCAAGCCAGGAAGAUGGCAGGAUUCACGGAAAGGGUUUCAUCUGGGAAGCAGAGACAGUGACUGGAAAAUGAACAUCGCUGUUGAUCAGGACACAGACUAUGCUGAACUGGUUCUGUCUGUAGGAAAAAUCACACUUGGAGAGAAGACUAGGAAGUCAAUGAAAGAUUGUCAACUGAGAAGAAGAGAGGCCAAAAAUUUCACACAGGCUGUGUGCGCCCUGCUGAAUUCUGGAGGGGGCGUGGUCAAGGCUCAUAUUAAAAAUCAAAACUACAGCUUCACCAGAGAUGGAAUAGGACUGGAUUUGGUAAAUUCCUUUCCCAGUAUCCUGCAACUUCCUCAUGAAUAUCUAGACUUCAUGCAACACAAAGACUGCUUUUUCAUUUUUGUGAAACCAUGGAAGCCGAAUAAGAAAGGCCAGGGCAUUACCACCUUGAAAACCAACCUGUACAGGAGAUUCAUCUCAUCCUCAGAUGAACUGAAAGCAGUUGAUGCGGUGAUGUUCCUCAAAGUCAGGCAAUAUUGUGCAGAGAAAUUAGAUUCCAGACCAAGUUCACCAGAAGAAAGUGACUAUAAUGAAUUACUAAAUAAAUGUCUUACCUUAUUUAACAGAGACUGGCUUGCCUAUGAGGAGAAAUUCUGUUUCAUCAAAUUCCCAUAUUCUGAAGUAAAAUUGACUCCUAAGGAAAAGAUUUUAGAGAUUCUCCCCCAAACUGUUUCUGCAUUUGCAAACACUGACGGGGGAUAUUUGUUCAUUGGUUUGAAUGGCAAAACCCAGAAAAUUAUUGGUUUUGAAGCAGAGAAGGACGAUCUUGUGCUUCUAGAGAGUGAAAUAGAACAGUGCAUCAGACAGCUGCCUGUCACUCACUUCUGUGAGGAGAAGGAGAAGAUCAAGUACACGUGCAAAUUCAUCAAAGUGCACAAAUCAGAAACUGCGUGUUCAUAUGUGUGUGUACUCAGAGUGGAGAGAUUCUGCUGUGCAGUGUUCGCUGAACAUCCUGAAUCCUGGCACGUGGAAGACGGUUGUGUGAAGAGGUUUACCGCAGAGGAAUGGGUGAAGCGGCAGAUGGAUGCUCCAGCAGGUUUUUCCAGGCAAGAUAAACACACUCUUCAAUCAAACAGACUGUCACAUGGUCCCCACAGCUGCUUUCCUGAUGACAAUCCUGAUGCUCCUCAACAGAGUGCUCUCCUUCCAGUGAUACCUGGAAAGGUGAUAUGCUCUUCAGAAGCCCUCUACAAGAAACUAUUCUCAACACAUGAAGGCUAUGAGCAGUUACUCCAGAAAGAGUUGAACUCACUUUGUAAAGGAACGCUGGUCAUCUCUAAGAGCUGGGCUUUGGAUCUGGGCUUGCAAAAGAAGCAGGAAGUCAUCUUGGAUGUGCUUCAUAUUUCCCAGGACAGUCUCCUGACCCUGCACGGCUUUGUCCGGGGAGAUGAGGACCUGGAGGACAACAGCACUCUUCUGAGUGAACUAGGCGCUGAGUUAAAGGGCUGUUAUAAACAAACUGCUCUAACAUUAAAGCAGACGUUGGUAAACCGCGGUGGUUACACUGGGAAAAUAGGUAUCAUAGUAAAGAUAACGUACUUGGGUCAUAAGGCAGUGUGUCUUUAUGAUUCAAGCUCAGAAAUCCGUUACCCCAGAAACUAUUAUCUCACAAGCAAGGCAGUAAGGGACAUAGAGAAAGCUCUUGCUAAGAUCUUGGGAGGUCGUGAGUCUUUCUACAGUUUUCCCAGGAAAAACUGUAGUGAUUAUGUUAUCUCUGCGUUUUUAAAGACACGCAGUUAUGUAGUCUACUUUUCAAGAAAUGUCUUAUCUCGUGUUCGAACCUGGCUUGACAUAAAUCAGUGUAGUACGACACAAUGAUAUUUCACAGUAUGUAUGUGAUAAUGUUCUCGAAUUCUAUAAAAAUAUGGAAAAUGCAACAUAGAGCUUCAGGGAAAUAGAAACCACGUUCUGGAAAAGGGAUUGGAGAUGGGAAUGACAAAGCAUAGCAUUAAUAAUGUGUCCUUGAGCCAUGCAAGUGGCCCAUGCCUUUGAUUCCAGCACCUGGAGGGAGGCAGCUCAUCCUGGUCUAUGGAAAGAGUUCCAGCACAGCCAGAGCUAUGCAGUGAGAGCUGCUCUCAAAAGUUAUUAAUUAAUUAGCUAAUUCAUUAAUUAAUACAUGUCUCUCCUUAUCUGCAUAACCACUCCUUCUCACUGAUGAGAUGCAUGGUGCCUUCAAUGUAUCUAUGGGAGACACUCUUCCUAUAGAAACCAGUGAAAAAUAUGUUGAAAUAUGUGGCAUGAUACGGAAAAAGUUUUGUCAUGAGGUUGCUAUCCAGCCUUGUGUGUUAUUGCUGUUAGAUGCUUGAUUUGUAUGUGACAACCUGAGGAAAGAUUUCCCACAUGUACAAAAUCACAGAAGCAAAGGACACAGUAUGGGGAGAUUAAAUGCUGACUGCUCACAACAUCAUAUAAGAGAUUUCCAGAAAGGUCAAAGAGACAUGGAAGCUGACUGCAGUUAUUUUCUGUGGGGAGAGUACAUUUUUUCUUAAAGGUAAACAUUGUAUCUCUCAGCUGUCAGACAGUCCACAGGUCUUACAACAUGCUAGCAGUCUCUAUGGGGCUAGAGCAUGAGGUCUAUUUUUCUAUUUGUAUGACCAUUUCCUAUGAAGUAUUGAUAACAGCAUUUUAAGAUGUCGAUAUUGCUCAUUUAGAGUUUGAUGUGUUGCAUUUUUCACAUUCUUAUCAUCGUGUUGCUUGUGCUGUAGAUAACCCUGUAAAGGUAUUUACAGCAUUGCGUUUACAUGCGAGUAUUACGAGUUAAUUGAACUGUUGGUAUUUCUUUCAUAAAGGAAGAAAACGUCUUCAUUGUACAUCUAUGAUUGUGACGGAUAAAAUUUCCCAACAUUUGGCCCUUAGCGGCUGUUCUAUAUGCAGUGGUAACCUGUUGUGACUUUUGAUGGAGCUCAUCAGAAGACUGGUUGCCCUUCACGCGAGUUCUGAUGAUGGGGGCUGUGAGCUGAAUGCUCACAGACGCCAAUCAUCUUUAGCCAUGUUCUGCUCUGAUCUAUUUCUUUAUCAGUAAGAUUUAUUUUAAAAAUCUAUGUCAUUUUUCAUCUACUCUGUUCUCAAAUCUGUGUCUUUAUGAAUACAAUUGUAUCUUUCUAC